AUGGCAGACAAAACACCCCUCACAUCCUCUCUGCCCCUCAGCAUCCCGCCACUGCUCAGCGCCUCCUGCAUAAAAUCCCUUAUGCACCAGCUCACCGCCGGUGUGUUUCCCAAUCAUAACCCACAACGCAACGCGUCCUCGAUCGGAUCACGCCCGACCGCCAUACUCGGCACACUGAUAGGCGUCAAUCCCCUGUCCGCUCCACCGUGGGGCCUUGCGAUCGGCAGCCGUGAGUGGCUCUGGUCCGGCUCAUCCGGACUUUCGCUUUAUCUAUUCUGUUUCUCCAUGUCCCUGAGGAAGAGAGGCUGUGGUCAACGCCGGCGCAGAGUCUACGCGCUGUGCAAGGCCGACUUUAUUGUUUCUUGGGUCCUUGAGAAGAAGCUGUACGACCUCGCAUGA